AGCUUUAAUGGAGGAAGUAGCCCCUUUAGAUUGCUUGUGGCUGUAUGUGUGCUAACCUCCAUACCAAGAGUCGCGAAUCACUGGAUCAUCAUAGCGGGGCAGAAUAACAUCCACGGGGGUGGGGUGGACAAGCCACACUCGGAUCCGCUCGCGUGGAUCUAAACGUCGGCCCGCGUGGUCCACUUCGAUCGGAGCAGUGUGCGACCGGCGCUCCAGAAGCGAGCAGUAUGCAUUUGGACUGCAGGCUGCUACUAUGGAAGGAGCGGUAAUGGUGGGCAGGGGGCCGACAGGGGCCGGGGUUCUCGUCCUGUCGAUCCUCGUCAUCAUCCUCACCGCGGAAGGCUGCAGGGCGCAGAAAGGUGAUGGCUGCGGACCCACAGUGCUGGGCCCGAGUAGUGGGACGCUGUCGUCGCUGGGCUACCCGGGGCCGUACCCCAACAACACGGUCUGCGAGUGGGAGAUCAGCGUGCCCCCUGGCACCAGGAUCCACUUCUGCUUCGCUGAGCUGGACAUUGACGACGGUGACUGCCAGGUCAACUACCUCCGCCUGUACAAUGGCAUCGGACCUACCAGGAGCGAAAUUGCGAAGUACUGCGGCUUGAACGUGAAGGUGAACAAACUAAUAGAGUCCGCUGGCAAUCAAAUCACAGUACAAUUCAUGAGCGGGAGACAUCACACUGGACGUGGAUUCUACCUGUCCUACUCCACCACAGAACACACAGAUCUCAUCACAUGCCUACACAAAGGAAGUGAUUUCCCCGAGGCGGAGUUUAGCAAAUACUGUCCAGCCGGAUGCUUGACGUCAACAGAGGAGGUUUCCGGAACGAUACCGACUGGAUACCGAGAGUCAUCUCCGCUGUGUUUGGCUGCUGUGCACGCUGGCGUGGUAUCCAACGCCGUGGGGGGCAGGAUCCAUGUGGUUAGCAGUAAAGGGAUCCCGCAGUAUAAGGGCACACUGGCCAACAACGUCACGUCCACUGGAGGAACACUGUCAAACAGUCUCUUCACCUUUAGGACAAACGGCUGCUAUGGAACGCUGGGAUUAGGGUCCGGUGGUGUGGCAGAUAUUCAGAUCUCCGCCUCGUCCGUGUGGGAGUGGAAUGACGUGGCGGGUCAGGUCAGCGUGUGGGCGCCGUCGGGAGCUCGGCUAAAUAAGGCGGGGCUGCCCUGGGCGCCCUCCCACAACGACCAACACCAGUGGCUGCAGGUGGACCUAAAACGACAGAAGAGGAUCACAGGCAUCACCAGCACAGGCUCUACGCUGAGGGAAUACCCGUACUACGUGUCGGCAUACCGCGUCCUUUUCAGUCACGACGGCGAGCGGUGGCUGUGCUACAAGGAAGCCAACUCCACGCAAGACAUGAUUUUCCAAGGCAACAUCAACUACCAGGAUGAGGUCAGGAAUAAUUUCAUCCCCCCCAUCGAGGCGCGCUACCUGAGGAUUAAUCCAACCUGGUGGCAGCAGAGGAUCGCUAUCAAGGUGGAGCUGCUCGGAUGCCAAGUGUCUUUAGCGAGGAAGGCUAUGGAGCCCAGGAUGGUCCCGCCUCCCCGUUUCACCCCACGCCCGGCAGCCACAAAACGCCCACGUACCUUCAGCAAGACCACACCACCUCCGGAUAUCAGAAACACCACCAUGCCGCCUCUCACUGGCAAAGAUGUGGCGCUGGCUGCUGUCCUUGUGCCUGUUUUGGUCAUGGUGUUGACAGCACUCAUCUUGCUGGUGGUAUGUGCUUGGCACUGGAGGAGCCGGAAGAAGAGCUCCGAAGGAACGUAUGAUCUUCCUCACUGGAAUCGCACUGACUGGUGGAAAAGUAUGAAGCAGUUACUGCCGUCCAAAAUGGUGGAGGUGGAGGACUCUGUCCGCUAUAGCAGCAGCGAGGUGGGCCGGCUUACGGCGAGGGGCGCCGUUCCGAGACUGCACGCCGAACCCGCAGAAUACGCAGAGCCCCUGGUGAGCGGCGUAACAACACUGGGUGCCCGGUCCACCUUUAAACCCGACGAGAGUCCCGACCCGAGUUACAGCGACCCCGACCUGUACGACGCCCCCAUCUCCCCAGAUGUCUAUCACGCCUACGCGGAGCCCCUGCCCGCCUCGGGGGCUGAGUACGCCACGCCCAUCGUGGUGGACAUGGGCCGCCAUUUGUCAGGAGCCGCGCCCGCCACAUUGCUGCUGGCACGGACAGAUGGCAGCCAGUCGGCAUACGACACACCCAAAACCGCCACGGGACACGACCCCACCUAUCAGGUGCCCCAGUGCGGCACCAACAGAGCCGAAGGGGGCGCGUGAUUGGCCAACUACCUGAGCUUUUAUCCGGAGAUGUCUAUCGUGUACAGACGGCGAGUUGGAUCCGCUUGCGUUGGCGCCAUUCCAGUCGGAUCACUGAAAGCGCAGAAAUGAAUGUUUGUUUUUUCGCGCUGCGCGUAGCUCACAAGACGAGCGCGCCGACUACUGUUUUUUCUAAUCUGUGAUUCUUGCUUUUGUGAAACUGUGAUUAAAAAAAAAAAAACGAUCUUGUUACAAAGGUGAUGACGGAAAACAAAAAUUCCUCCUUAGCUUCGUUGUCCACGGUACGCGUUGUCUUUGAAAGCGUAACUUGAACUUGUGUUACUGCUUGUGUGAUUCCGUCGCCGCAAACCUCGAAGAAUUCCCAAGUGAUUUUUUUUUUUACUGAUAUUUAUUUUGGAAUCCUGCUGAUAAGCCCACCCGCUGCCCACCCCAUGCCGCUUCUGCAGACCAAAUGUUGCCUAUUUUUGUUUGCGUCGCAGCUCAGCAGAAUGAACUUUUUAAAGUCUUAAUGUGAGAAAUAAAGUACAUUUUUGAUGAGUAAGA